AUCAGUUAAACCAACCUGCAGAAACAAAAAUCUUAAAUUGAGUAUUUUUAUUUCGUUCACCCUCUUCCUCUGAAAAAAAAAAACAAAAAUAAAAGAAUUUCGAAGAGAAAGCCAAAGCAUUUUUAACGACAUUUAACACCAACACAACGUUCCUACCAAGAGAAAAUGCUGAGGGCAUUAAAGAUAUUCACCCUAACUGGGAUCUUGCUAUUUUUGCCAUUCAUAAGGGCCAAUCUUGCCGCUGCUGAAGAUGAUUCUUGUUACUCAUUUGCCGAUGGUUCUGUAUAUCCAGCUGGACAAGUCAAAGCCGAUCAUCAAUUGCAAUACACAAAAGCUGUCAUUUCAAAACCGGCACCAACUUUCGAAGGCACUGCUGUAGUCAAUGGAGAAAUAACUAAUCUCGCUCUGUCGAGUUAUUUGGGAAAAUAUGUUGUGCUUUUCUUCUAUCCAUUAGACUUUACAUUUGUCUGCCCCACGGAAAUCCUCGCCUUUUCGGAUCGCAUAGAAGAAUUCCGUAAAAUCAACACAGAGGUCAUAGCUUGCAGUGUCGACUCACACUUUACUCAUUUGGCCUGGAUUAAUACACCCCGAAAGGAAGGUGGUCUAGGAACAAUCAAAAUUCCACUACUCAGUGAUUUGACACAUCGAAUUUCCAAAGACUAUGGUGUCUAUCUGGAUGAUUUGGGUCACACUUUGCGUGGUCUCUUCAUUAUUGAUCAACACGGUGUGCUGAGACAAAUCACAAUGAAUGACUUGCCUGUGGGCCGAUCUGUGGAUGAAACUUUAAGGUUGGUUCAGGCUUUCCAAUAUACCGAUACUCAUGGUGAAGUUUGCCCAGCUGGAUGGAAGCCAGGAAGUGAUACUAUUGUUCCAAACCCCAAGGAGAAGAAGAAGUACUUUGAGAGAAACAACUAAAUUAACUAAUAAAGUAGAUUUGUGUAUUUUUUUUUUCUAAGAAAAAUCAAUUUCAAAUUUGA